CAAAAAAAAAAAAAAAAAAAGGUAGCGUGUUUAAUCCCCGCCUCUUGGAACUUCAGAACUAUAAAGGCAGAGCUCAUUCGAAUAUAACCAUCAAUUUCCUUUACCUGAAAGCUUCCGUACAUAUUUUCGUUCGAGCCAUACAGCUUUCCUUCUCACUUCCCUCCCGCAGCAAAACAAGAAGUCAACCAUAAGAUUUACUUUCAGAUGGCGGAGUCACAGAAGGGAACGCCAUCUACUAAACCAAAAGAGAAAAUUUCAGUGCUAGGUGAGGAAAUUGGAAAGGAGUUUCUUAGUUCCUGGAAAUCAUUGUCAGUGACAGAAGACGAUACUAUGGAUUUUAGCUUUGAUACAGUACCCAAAGGCCAGAAAAAGAAGUUCAACUUUGAGAAAUUGGAUAUGGAUUUCAAUCUGGAUGGUGAUUUUGACAAGUUAUCAUCAUUCAAAGUGGACAUGUCAGACCUUGAUUUCUCCCCACCCAGAAAAUCUGAAAAACCGAAGGAAAGAAGUGAAGAAGAAUCUUCCAGUGGAAAUCGUCAACGAAAAGAAGAUCGCUUUAAUUUCUCUUUUGAUUUUAAUGAGUUGGAUAGUUUCAAUUUUGAAUCAAGCUUAACGAAAAAAGAUAAGAAUUCUAACACCUCAGAUAGCAAAGGAGUUACUCCAGAGCCAAGUCAGUAUCAGGGUUCUAAAUUAAGCCUGACUGAAGGUAAUGCCGGGUGUGAUGAUUGCUUAGACAUGAAACUUCCAGCAUGCAAGAGUGUGGGCAUUUCAGAGGUUGAGAUUUUGAUAGGUGAUCAAGGGGAUCUUAAUUUCAUUAAUGAUGGUUCUGCUUCAAAAUCUGCAACCUCUGAAAAUUUGGUUGGGUCACAUGGGGGAGGAACUUCUCCAAGGAAAGCAAUAACUAUGACUGCAGGAGAAACUGAUCAACGAAAAAGCAUACCUGAGAAUUCAAUAUUUGCAGGACCAUAUGCUCAGCAGCUUAAACCUGAUUUACCUGUCCAACCUGUACAUGCAAAUGAUUCAAAUCUAGAUACUGUUUCAGAUGUUUCAGAAGCAAAAAUUUGUUCUCUGGGUACAAAAGAAAAAAAUGCUUCAAGUGGAGAGCCAAUUGAUGUUGACAAAGUGACGUGUAUUGUGGGAUCUGAUCAUGAAAACUCACCAAGGAAGAAUUCACCUCCAGUGCACAUCACUGGAUCAGAUAGCAAUGAUGGUGAAAGGAAUAAGUCAGGUGGCAAUGCACCAUUCAAACAUAUGAAUGACACUGAACCAGCUGAACCAGUCGAAGGUGAUUUAGACAUUAAAGAUACUUCCACCAAAAAUAACUCAAGAAAGAUGGCAUAUGACACCAAGGGCAGUAUAGAGAACCAGAGGUCAACUUCUAAGCUGCCUUUGGCCCCAUUAGGCAGGGAAGAUGUAGUUGAUUCAAGGAAGCUGGCAAAAGAAAAAGGAGGUAUCCACUCAAUGUUUUAUACAAGGCCAGAGGAAACUGGAUCUCAAUUGCAUCAGACACCUGGGACAAAGUAUCCCUCAUUUGGCAGCAAAAGAGUAGGGGCUAUGCAUCUCUGUCCUGCCAGUGAUAAAGGGGAGGGCUUCAAUAUGGAUGAUGAACAGAAUGGAUGCAAAUUGGUUGGUACAACAAUUUCAGUUGCUAAAGAAUUGACAAAAGGUCAACCGUUCUUGCUGAGAAGUGAGAAGAACAAUAAAAAUCUUGGUAAAAUCAGGGGGGUCUUAGAUUCGGAUAAUGUACCAAAUGGGAGCAAGCUGAUUGAGAAUUCGCAGCCACGUGAUAAAGAAGUAACAAAAGGUGAAAAUAAUGUUAAAGAUCAUCAGACUUCAAGGGGAGGCUUAGAUUCUGAUAAUAUACCAAAUGGAAGCAAGCUAAUUGAGAAUUCGCAGCCAUGUGAUAAAGAAGUAACAAAAGGUGAACUUGUUUUGUUAGGAAGCGAAAAGAAUGUUAAAGAUUAUCAGACUUCGAGGGGAGGCUUAAAUUCUGAUAAUGUACGAAAUGGGAGUGAGCUGAUUGAGAAUUCACAGCCACGUUAUAAAGAAGUAACAAAAGGCGAACUUGUUUUGUUAGGAAGUGAAAAGAAUGUUAAAGAUCCUCAGACUUCGAGCUUAACUGAAAAGACAACUGGAUGCAGUGCCCAGACUCAUGUAAAUCCUAAACUUAUGCUUUCGAGCAUCGAAUCUUUGCGGAACUCAGAGAUCAUUCCAGCUGAAAGGAAUAAACUUUGUCUUAUAAAGGCUGGCAAGAAGGCGCCUGAUCUCUCUAGCAUGAGAACAGCUAGGACUGUAGGGGCAAGCAAAGCUUUUUCAAAUUCUAUUUGUCAGAGACAAGUUAAUUCCUCGAGAAAGUUCGAGCAAAACAUGGGAGUACAGGGCAAUACAGCAUCAAAGAUUGAGCGUCUUGUUGACAGUAAUGAGAAACAAAUGUCUCAAGCCGUGUCGUUGAAGCGGAAAAAAUUUGAGGCAUCAAAUGCAGAUUCAGAGUCCUCAACGCCUCUAAAACGACUCUCUGAGUCACCUAGUGAAAGCAGCAAUUUAAAAGUACCUUUGGAAAGAGUUCUUGAAGAGCAGGUUUUUAUUCGUGGGAUUCGGGCAGAGAGUAAUGCCAAGCACAUUACUGAUGACCAGCCAACCUUUGGACUUGAAAGUCCUCGAGAGGUAAACAUGAUGGAACUAGAAAUUCCUUUAGUUAUGGAGACUGACGGAAAUGUCGAGAAGGCUGAGGCAUAUACAAAGGAGCUUGAUUCUAUUUGCAACAUACUGAAAAAGAAGCAUGAGGAAGCCAAAGAAAUAUUAGUUCGAGCUAUUGUCAACAACAAUAAUUUGCUGAUGCUAAACCAUCCCAUCUAUGAAGAGAAGAUCCGUAAGAUUCAGAAUUUUGCUGCUCAACUGUUGUCCAAGGAGCUUCGAACAUGAUCAGUAGGAGCAACAGUUUUCCUAUCAAGAUAUGAAGCAUGCGUCACCUUUAAAAAUGGUGGGGAAGAGCAUGGGUUAAGCACUUGUGAUUGCAAGAGGAUAGCAUUGCUGGCCGGCCUACCAAUCCUUUGAGGCGUAGUAAGUAUUGAAGAUUGCACAAAAUCAAAUAGAAAAGGCCGGGUUGGAAUUUUAAUAGACUAGAACAAAUGAAUGUGGAAUAUUAGCAGGACAAAACAUAUAUUGGAUACGAGUACUGCUUUUGGUAGAAGCCAAUAAGCUGGGACUCCAGCUGGGGAAGAAUGAUAAAACCACAAAGGAAGCUUAACAUGAUAUGCAUGUUGACAUGACAAAUCACUUGGUGCAAUGGAGUUGAAUACAUUAGAGAGAAUGCGGAGUUUAAGAGAAAUUUUUAAUUGGAUUUUAAGAUUCUGGGAAUCUCUUGCUGAACAAAUUAGUCAAAACUGCGCACUAUCUGGUUUUUAUAUGAUUAGUGCGUAGUGGCCAUGGUACAGACAAACAUGCAAGGAAGAUUUUCUACAACAAACCUUAAAAACAUCAAAUUGUGUCCUUGGCAGGCUGUCUACUCCAUCCACUUGGACUUAUAUAUGUGACGAGGACUGAUUUUUUAUUAAGUCAAGCAAGUUUCCUUUCUUCUAUUUGGUUUCUUUAGCCGAAUUGCAAUUCCUCUUCGAGCAGGACAAGUUGACCAUUUUCUACUAAUAUACAAAGGCGGAAGAGCGAACGAGAGCAAAGAAAAAAAAGGCUGCUGCCGUGCGCUCAUUAGUGCAUGCAGCACACGUUUUUUAUUUUUAUUUUUAUGAUCAACCAUUGAAUUUAUUUUUAUACAUGUGGGUUCUAAAUAUUCAAUGAUUGAUCUUAAAAAAAAGUUAUUAGAGUUGUAUAAAGUUG